GGGCGGGCACCCACCGAGCGUCCGCAGCCCGCGGGGCGCCGGCCUUCUCGGAGCCUGGGGCGGGUCGCGAUGCGAGCGGCGGCGCGGUGAAGCGGGGCCGCGGCGGGGGAAGGAGAGGGCAGCCCCCCGGACGGCGGGCCUGCGCUAGCCGUGCCCCGGCGGCAGCGGAGAGAAGCCGGGCUGCGGGGCGUCCUGCUGCCGCCGCCUCCUCCCGCCCGCCCUGCGCUCACCCCCUCCCCCCCGGAGCCGCUCCCUCGCCGCCUCCCUUUCCCCGGCUCCAUCCUUCCCCUCGGCUCCAUCCCCUCCCCGCUGGAUGAGGCGGCCCCCUGCCCGCUGCUGACCCCUGCGGACCCCGGCUGUAGGAUGAGCCCGAAGGACUCGGAGGGGGCGAGGCCGCUCCGCUCCCCGAGGAGGAUCUAGUGGGGGGGCACCGACGCGACGCCGCCCCCCGCCAGGCACCUCGUCCUUCAUGGUGGCUCCCUGCGACCACCAUCUCGGAGCAGACGCGCAGCCCGGGGCCCGUGUGUGUGUCUGUGCGCGCCGCCGCCGCGGCCGCCCGAGUGAGGGAAAAUGUCCACUCGGACUCCAUUGCCCACGGUGAACGAGCGCGACACCGAGAACGAUGUCGGCUCAUCAUUGGGGGAAGGCUUUUGCGAAAAGCACACGUCCCAUGGAGACGGACGGCAGGAAGUUUCCUCUCGAACUGGGCGCUCUGGAGCUCGCUGCAGGAACUCCAUAGCCUCCUGUGCUGAUGAGCAGCCACAUAUUGGAAAUUACAGACUCCUUAAAACCAUUGGAAAGGGGAAUUUUGCAAAAGUGAAGCUGGCAAGGCACAUCCUAACUGGCAGAGAGGUUGCCAUUAAAAUAAUUGACAAAACACAGCUGAACCCAACUAGUCUACAAAAGCUCUUUAGAGAAGUAAGAAUAAUGAAGAUCUUAAAUCAUCCAAAUAUAGUGAAGCUAUUUGAAGUCAUUGAAACUGAAAAAACUCUCUAUUUAAUAAUGGAAUAUGCAAGUGGGGGGGAGGUGUUUGACUAUCUGGUUGCACAUGGAAGAAUGAAGGAAAAGGAGGCUAGAGCUAAAUUUAGACAGAUAGUAUCUGCAGUGCAGUAUUGCCAUCAAAAGCAUAUUGUUCACAGAGAUCUCAAGGCUGAAAAUCUAUUGCUAGAUGCAGAUAUGAACAUUAAAAUAGCUGACUUUGGUUUUAGCAAUGAGUUUACAGUUGGAAAUAAACUGGACACCUUUUGUGGCAGCCCACCAUAUGCUGCUCCAGAGCUCUUUCAAGGGAAGAAAUAUGAUGGACCUGAAGUAGAUGUUUGGAGUUUAGGUGUUAUUCUUUAUACUCUCGUGAGUGGAUCUCUUCCCUUCGAUGGACAGAACUUAAAGGAACUUAGAGAAAGAGUGCUAAGGGGAAAAUACAGGAUUCCUUUCUACAUGUCCACAGACUGUGAAAACCUCCUCAAACGUUUCCUGGUGCUAAACCCAACAAAAAGAGGCACUCUAGAGCAAAUUAUGAAGGACAGGUGGAUCAAUGCAGGGCAUGAGGAGGAUGAACUUAAACCUUUUGUUGAACCAGAACUAGACAUCUCGGACCAGAAAAGAAUAGAUAUUAUGGUAGGAAUGGGAUAUUCUCAAGAAGAAAUUCAAGAAUCCCUUAGUAAAAUGAAGUAUGAUGAAAUCACAGCUACAUACUUACUGCUAGGAAGGAAGUCAUCAGAGUUGGAUGCAAGUGACUCAAGCUCCAGCAGCAACCUUUCACUUGCCAAAGUUAGGCCAAGUAGUGAUCUUAAUAAUAGCACUGGACAAUCUCCUCAUCACAAAGUUCAGAGAAGCAUAUCUUCCAGCCAGAAGCAGCGGCGGUACAGUGAUCACGCUGGACCAUCCAUCCCCUCAGUAGUGGCAUAUCCUAAAAGAAGCCAGACUAGUACUACAGACAGUGACCUCAAAGAGGAAGGAAUUCAGUCAAGAAAAUCCAGCAGUAGUGCUGUUGCAGGAAGAGGAAUUGCACCAGCUAGCCCAAUGCUUGGGAAUGCCAGCAAUCCCAAUAAGGCUGAUAUUCCUGAACGUAAGAAAAGUUCAGCUGUCCCUAGUAAUAAUACUACCCCUGGAGCAAUGACACGGCGCAACACUUAUGUUUGUAGUGAAAGAACCACUGCUGAUAGGCAUUCAGUGAUACAAAAUGGCAAGGAGAACAGCCUGACAGAAAUGUUCGCUUACGCAGCUAGCCCUGCUUCAGUUUGUACCACAUCCUUCUCCAGUGUUCGGCUGCGACAUCAGAAGUCGAUGUCCAUGUCAGCCUCUGUGCACACGAAGAUGAUGUUGCCUCCAAUAGACAAUGGCGCAGAUAACUUCAGGCCUAUCGCUAUUCCCGAUCAGAGAACUCCCGUUGCUUCCACCCACAGCAUUAGCAGUGCGAGCACCCCUGACCGUGUUCGUUUCCCCAGAGGGACGGCCAGCCGCAGCACGUUCCACGGGCAGCUGCGCGAGCGCCGCACCGCCACCUACAACGGCCCGCCCGCCUCGCCCAGCCUGUCCCACGAGGCCACGCCGCUCUCGCAGACCCGCGCCCGCGGCUCCACCAACCUCUUCAGCAAACUCACUUCCAAACUAACCAGAAGAAACAUGUCAUUCAGGUUUAUCAAAAGGCUCCCGACUGAAUAUGAGAGGAACGGGAGAUUUGAGGGCUCAAGCCGCAAUGUAGCCGUGGAUCAGAAGGACGAGAACAAGGAAGCCAAGCCUCGGUCGCUGCGUUUUACCUGGAGCAUGAAAACCACCAGCUCCAUGGAUCCCAAUGACAUGAUGAGGGAAAUCCGCAAGGUCCUGGAUGCCAAUAAUUGUGACUAUGAACAAAGAGAGCGUUUCUUGCUUUUCUGUGUCCAUGGAGAUGGGCACGCAGAAAACCUCGUACAGUGGGAGAUGGAGGUGUGUAAACUGCCAAGACUGUCCCUGAACGGAGUUCGCUUUAAGCGGAUAUCGGGAACAUCCAUAGCUUUCAAAAACAUUGCUUCCAAAAUUGCCAAUGAGUUAAAGCUGUAACAAGAAAAAAAUAGUUAAGUUGUAAAUUAGUUAGCAAUUUAAAGUGUUUUUGAGAAUUCCGAUGGAAAUGUAUAGAAUAACAUUUAGGCAAUAACUUCUGCAUCCUUCUGAAUAGUGAUAUUAAAAAAAAAAAGCUGCUGAGCUGGGAGGGAGAGUUGGACUUUUUUAUAAGUGCACUACAGCAUUAAAGUUGCCUACUAUGUAAAAUAUUACCCCUUCUGCUUUAUUUCCAUUGCUCCUAAGUCUUUGACAACAAAUUGAAACACAGAAUAUAUUCAUUUAAAUAUGCCUCCUGUUUGUGUGGAUGUGUGAAUGUACAGUAUGUGUGUAUAAUAUAUAAAGUAUUAUAUGUAAACGAUUCAUUUACAACAUCGAGCUGUACCAGUACCUCUUUUUGGGCUAAUUUUGGUGCUAAAAAUUGAAAUGGCCAAGGAGGAAACACUUGAGUUAAUAUUUAAAAUGACUGAAGCAUUAACCAGUAAAUGCAGGUUUACAGUUCACUGCUGUGUUAAGAAAAAAGUGUGUGAAGGGUUUGGAUUUAUGGUUGUGAACAUUAUUAGUCCUGUUUUCUAAGUAGAUCUCAUGAGAUGAUUAAAAAUUCACUUCUACUGAGUAAGUCUUGCAUUAUAUUUUGCCCACCUAUUUAUUAUUUAAGUCUGAAUCAAAUUUUAAUAAUGUAGUUAAUUUGUGCAUUAAUAUUUGGGUAAACGCUUCCAUUCUUCUGCUUCUGCUAAACUACUAAAACUGUAUCUUUGUCCUUUUGGCUUACGAGUAUUGACCGCAGCUAAGAACGUUUCUCUGUUGUUCCUCUCGGGAAUGAGGCAGUGUAAAAGGAGGUGCUAAUUGCUGAGUAGUGGUUUUCUUUCAGAGCGAGUUUGCCACGUUAGACUAGGUCAGAUACAAAGCACAAAGGGACUCCCAAAUCGUGGCCAUUCUCUGCCAGCUCCGAGGCCUUGCUGCACAUUGGGCAGUGCUGUCCCUCGCCUCCUGGACACCCUCAGCAUUGAAACCCAAAAGUGGGAAUCAGAUUGGCUCCUGAUCUGCUCUGUCCAAAGUCCAGCUUGCCAAACUACAGCCAUAGGCCGAAGCAGUUGGAGCUUUUCCUUGCACUCUCCCAGUGCGCUGCCCCUUGGCUCAGGCUUGCUGCUGUGGAUGGCUCAGUGCCAGCGUGUCUGUGUCCCCAUGCUGCCAAGGGAGUCCCCUGUCCCUGGCCCCGUGCAGUGUGGCACCUGCCCCCAUGAACUCUGAUGGCCAACUAGCCUUGGGUAGGACAUGGAGCUGCUCUGGGACAGCCCCCACCUUGUAACCAUCACGGCGGUGAAAGGGAUUUGAUUUUGCAAACUAGAACGAGGAGAUUUCUUCGCGCGUUGUUUCCUACCGAUACUCGGUUUAUUUCAUCGAGGACUUGUGUAGAUAAUACCCUGCAUUAUCUACUUGACUUUUUGUAUUAAUGUUUUGUGGUUAUAUUUCAGUGAAGCACUUACGCAUGUACUUAACAUGUGCUUUAAACUGGAGCCUAAAUUUGCAUUUUAAAUUUGCAGUGAGCUAAUAGUUACUCAUAGUACACAGUUCAGAUUUGACCCGAGGUGAAAAUGCAAAGUCCUUAAUAUUUUGCAAGUUAGCUCUUGUGAUCUGUAGUCUGUGAAGGCAGCAGACUUCCCCUCUCUUUCCCCCCUAAGCAUUGGUAUUGAUUAUGCUAGUUUAAAGGGUAAUCAUAGUUGUUAAAUGUAGUAAAUAUUCCUGAAUUUGCAUUUUAUUCUCUGUAUAUUCUGUAUCAUGCCAUGGCUUGAGAACUCCAGGUGCUACCAGAGUUCAGUUGGCUUUCAGUGCUCUGCCCAUGCCUGUGCUGCUCAGUAUGGGUUUUUUCCAUGAAAACUCCAUUUUGUAAUAGCAAUAAGACAUUUCAGGGCAGUCAUUGUACUUUCUCAGGUGAAUGGUCACCUAUCCUUUCACUCCCUACAUUUUAAGCACUCCUCCAAAUGUAUUUUUUUCACCUGGCAGUGCACUUUGUUGUCUGAACUGAAAAAGUGUUCUGAUAAAUUAUGUAAAUCUGUAUUCGAUGGAAGUUCCAAAAGGUUUCAUAUUAAAUGUUUUCUGAAAUA